GUCGAGUGUGAUGGUUUCAGGAUGGUUAUGUCUCUCGGUGUUUCUAGUGUGUUGCUGCUCUCCCUUGCUGGGCGCCCCCCCGACCCCCACGCAGGAUGAGAGCGAAGCGUUACCGUUGGUGAAGCGUUCGGCUGCCUACCCCCACGGGACAAUGCUGCGCUACUUCCUGAUGGCGAUGAGCAGCUCUGACGCUCCACGCAGCCCGCCCGUCCUCGUUAAUCGACCCAUCAGAAGGCUCGGGUCAGAGUUCCUGGGGAAAAGGUCCUCGCCGCCUGCAAUGAGCCCCGAGCAAAGUGCCGAAGACACCCCUGCCUGCGAGGACGAGCCGUGCGCCGAGGAAGCCGAAGUCCAGGACGACCGCAGAAAAGAACACCUGAGUUACACUGGGCAGGCGAAGAGAGACUCACAGAUCGCCAAACCCAAGAAGAGAAAUAUUAGAGACAGGGAAAACUUGAAAGAUCUCUUUUCGAUACUGAUGUCAAAGAAAAUGGGGUCCGAGUUCCUGGGCAAGAGAAUGGGGUCGGAAUUCUUAGGUAAGAGAAUGGGAUCCGAGUUCCUAGGAAAGAGAAUGGGUUCGGAAUUCCUCGGGAAGAGAGCAAUGGGUUCGGAAUUCCUCGGCAAAAGAGCGAUGGGGUCCGAAUUCUUGGGUAAGAGGGUCACAGGGUCGGAAUUCUUAGGGAAGCGCGCCAUGGGAUCAGAAUUCCUGGGCAAACGUGCAAUGGGUUCGGAAUUCCUCGGGAAGCGCGCCAUGGGAUCGGAAUUCUUGGGGAAGAGAGCAAUGGGUUCGGAGUUCCUGGGUAAGCGAGCAAUGGGAUCGGAAUUCCUUGGCAAGCGAGCAAUGGGGUCAGAAUAUCUAGGCAAGCGAUUCGUACCAGGAGCUCUUGGCUCUGCAUCAGUUGACGCGAAGAGAGCUGUAGGAUCAGAAUUCCUUGGAUGAAGUAGCCACCAUACCAGAAGGUAAAGCGACCAAAGUCUGAUUCAUAUCAAGAAGACGGGAAAUUCCUUGACUGUGUUAAUUGUUAUUGAAACGAGGAAGUUCGUAAUUCCUUUCAUCUUCAAUGGAUUUUGAAUUUUCAGUUUAUUUCCCUUUUUCUUUUCGUUAACACUAUACCCGACAUCUGACAGCAGAUAUAGCAGUGCAUUUUGUCAUUUCCAGAAAGCCAUCAUUCACCUGCCAUGUGGAGGAGGGAUGGCGGGUGAUCGCGUUGGUUAUCGGAAACAUUAGACUGACUGGAGGUUUCUUACUUAGCUGCGUCUGUGUGGCAUUUGCUCGAAAGAAAAAAAGACCAUGUAACUAUUGUAAAGACAUGUUAGUGCCAUUUAUUUUUGUAAAAUGCUUAUGAUCGUUCACUGGACGAGUUCUAAUGUAGCAAAAUGAUUCAAUAAAAUUCUUUGUCAUCCCUCAAAUUCUUUUAAUCAAGAUUGACUCUUGCGCGUGUGGACAGCACAAGUCAUGACUACGUGGUUGUUAAUUAACGUGAUAGCAAUAGAAUAAGCAGAUACGGAAUGCUGAUUCAUUUGCUGAUAUAUUAAAAUGGUCCAUUGCUGUUGUUAUAUUCAUUAUACUUUGAAUGAUCAUAUAUCUAAGGACAAAUUGUAAUCUCUGUCUUCAUUUCUGAAGAAGUAAGUUAUUGCAGUUGGAGCGUGGCAUACUUUAUCCUUCUCAAAAUAAAACGUGAAACCGCAAUAUCACUUACUGCUGAUAAUUCCAUUUCAGUGCCCCCUUUACUUGCAGAAACUACCUAUUUUCUCAUCUAUAAACUUCUACUUCACUUCUCUUAAUGGUUGGCGGCUGGCAGCUAAAUGUGUGUAUUUCACCGUUUAACAUAGGUAGGCGUGGCAAAAGUUCAGAUAAUUUGAAUAUGAAUUCCGAAACCGUUCAUUUUAAUGAGUUUUUCACCCAUUUUCUCUAUCCUUAUCCCUCAUCUUCUCUUUCAAAUGCGAUGAUGGCUGGGUUUCUAUACAUUUUUUUUUCUUUUUCAUUCAAAAAUUGUAGCUUUGGAUGAGGGAUAAGGUUAGAUCUGACUAAAUUCUAUUAUAUAUAUAUAUUCUCUACAAGAAAUAAGGGUUCACAGCAUCAUGCAGAGCUAAAUUAUGAUAUAUAUAUACUGUUUUCUCCUCAAGCGGUCCACCAAAAAUACAGUUUCCGGUGCAUUCAUGUGCGUUGUGAUACAAAUGUAUUGGUUGUGAAUAUGUCUGGACACUUUGCAGACAUUUCCAGUGGAGUCCACAGGUUGGAGGAUUUUGCCCGAUAAUCCUGUAUAUAGGCGACAAUUACAACCAUAAUAAAGUAUGAAACAUUUUGUGAA